AUGACGAUAUUUUGGCUCCUAUCGCUCUACACACUCUCCAGGUGUGUAGCCUCUCCGGACGACCGAAUUACACUAAACUUCUCAAGCGUUGAUACCCCCAAAGUGUCUGUCUUUGAGGGCUUUGACAACGGCUUUGCGUUUGAGUCUUAUACUGUCCAUAAAGGAUUCGGCAUAUCAAGUAUUGUGAAUGGCCAGGAAGAGGUAUGGAGAGCAAGUCCAGGGGAAAAGGCAGUCCUGGCCGUUUGGUACAAGUAUGAUGGACUACCUUUGGUCGCUGUAGAUGUUAGGAAAGGGGGUGUAUCCACUACACAGUGUUACGAAAAGAAUGGCAAGGAAUGGAAGGGGGUUACGGAAGAAGACGCAGACAAAACAUUUAGGAAGAUAAGGAUGCAAAAUUCUGGUUAUGACCUUGACAUUUAUAGUCCAAAUAUGUACAAAACCGCUGUGGACGAAGAGGAGAAGGAUGAUGGAUCUGUUCAUCACAUGUAUACUCCAGAGGAAGGGGUAGAAAUUCUUUCAGUUUCUGACCGUGGAGCCACAGUAUGGACGGCUGAUAACUAUCAAAAGUGUAUUUACGCAAAGGUUAUUACAGGGGGACGAUCAGAGUUGAUGCAACUGCAGAUAUUGAGGCCAAAGACUGAGGAAUACUUUGAGCGUAAACCGGGUUCCGGAUGGAAGAGCAUUUCCAAAGACGUAUUUUAUAAAAAAAUCGCAGAAAAACAGGAUACUCCCAAGCCUACUACUCCAUGUAAUCUGGAUCUCGCGAAGCCGGAUAAGAAAAGGAUCGUACAAAGCGCACGUAAGUGUGCUGGAUUUAAAUGUGGAGCCUAUUCCGCAGUCGAGGGUUUCAGGGUAACCUCAGUAUCAGAUGGUAAAAUACCAAUUUGGAAAGCUAAAGACAGUCAAAAGUGUACACUUGUAACCUUUUAUAUUGCGAAAGGAAGCAAAUUUGCUACAAUAUAUAUAAGUGAUGCUAACGAAUCGACUCAAGUGCGUUUUGAGAAAAAGGGUGGAGAAUGGAAGGAAACCACGGGUAAAGGUUGUUUCAAUUUGUUGGAUGAAAUUAGUGGUUCUGAGACUGAAUCAUCAUGUUUGAAAGAGACAACUGCGCUGGACAUUUCGAACCCGAAUACAAACUUCUUGGAUGUAACAAGGAACAUUUCUGGUAAGCUGAUAUCUACAGCAUAUACUCCAAAACAAAGUGUUUUCAUAUCUGCUGUGGCUGACCAUAACCACACACUGUGGAAACCAACUAGUAGCAAUGUUAGACUUAUUUAUGUUAGGAGAGCAUCCUGCGACAAUCUGGAUUUGAUAUCUAUAUUCGCUAAAUAUCGCUUUACCCCUUGCUUUGUCUUUUUUGAAAAGGAUGGAAAAAGAUGGAAGGAAAUACAGAGCGAAGAAUACAAUCGCAAGUUGGAAAUUAUAAAGGCCAGAAAGGCCUCUGGCUGA